AUGAAGGGAGCUAUCGACAAGGGAUUAGUACUCGAAGUAACUAUAAUAUAUUACCAUGAAAAAUAUUAUAAAUACGACAAAGAUUUCACUCAAUGGACAAAUCCAAGAUGUGAUAUGCCUAAGAAUGCUUUGGAAGAAAUUCCGGAAGAGCUAUAUGGAGAGUAUAAUCGACUUUGGGGAUAA